UCAAGUUACCAUGGGACAGUGUGGAAUCACGUCAUCCAAAACCGUCUUGGUUUUUCUCAAUCUCAUAUUCUGGGCUGCAGCUGGAAUUUUAUGCUACAUUGGAGCCUAUGUGUUUAUCACAUAUGACGACUAUGAUCACUUCUUUGAAGAUGUGUACACUUUGAUUCCUGCAAUCAUAAUAAUAGCUGUCGGGACCCUACUCUUCAUCAUCGGCUUGAUUGGCUGCUGUGCAACAAUACGUGAAAGCUCCUGCGGUCUUGCUACUUUUGCUGCCAUUCUGCUGCUGGUGUUUGUAACAGAGUGUGUGGUGGUGGUGCUUGGCUACAUAUACAGGGCAAAGGUGGAAGAUGAGGUGAAUCACUCGAUCCAGAAGGUUUACAACGAAUACAACGGCACCAACACUGAUGCUCCCAGCCGUGCUAUCGACUAUGUGCAGAGGCAGCUUCACUGCUGUGGCAUUCACAACUACUCUGACUGGAGGAACACGCGCUGGUUUAAGGAAUCCAAGAAUAACAGUGUCCCAGUCAGCUGCUGUCAGCCCAGCAUCAGCAACUGUACCGGCACUCUUACUCGACCAGCAGAUCUUUACCAAGAGGGUUGUGAAGCUCUGGUAGUGAAGAAGUUAAAGGAGAUCAUGAUGUAUGUCAUAUGGGCUGCACUUACUUUUGCAUCUAUACAGAUGCUGGGCAUGCUCUGUGCCUGCGUGGUGCUGUGCAGGAGGAGUCAUGACCCGGCGUACGAGCUGCUGGUCACAACCAACAGCUAUGCAUGAAGAACGCAGCCCAACCAACGAAGCACUCGAAAAAUCAAAAGGAGCGUCACCAGACAUGUCCACAGUAGAUUUCAGCUGUAGUUAUAUAAGCUCAAGCACACCUUGCACAAUUCAUGAUAAAGUAGCGAACACUGAUGAUGUGGUUUGGGUGGGUGGGAGCUUCAAGGGGAAAACAGUUAUUUAUUGACAUGCUUUGUAAGUAACUUUAAAUGCUCUUUUUUUCCUCUCCUUACAAAUAUUGAAAUAUUUACAGAAGCCAAAGUUGUAUAUGGCUAAUUGACAUUAUUGAUGUUGAUGCAGAUUUUUUUUUCUUUGAAUUGUGGUUUUGUAGAAUUUGGGCUCAUCCCCAGUAAGGAUGAUGAGAAGUAAAUGAGAGCAAAAUGUGUGAAAUUAUGGAUGGGAUUAUUGUAUGGAAUGUAUUUCCUGGUGUGUUAGUUUGCACUACGGCUGGAGCUCUGGAGAUACUGUAUUUCAUGGUUGUGAAUGGAAAAUCUAUACUAAAACAAACUUGUACACUGUUCUUAAGAACCCGGUUUGACCAGAUUUUGUGAAAAUGUAAAAAUGUUUUACCAUAGACAGAUCAGAUUCAGUGUAUUUUAUCUCAGUCAUUUUUGUUUGCGGAUCAGCUCUGCGUUUUGUCUCUCAAAGCCAUGAUUGGUAGAAAGACUUCUUCAUAUUCACAAAUAUUCAGGUUGUGAAUAAUGUACAGUCUGUUUUGGUGUGGAUAGUCACUGAAUCAGGCUUCAAUAGUGAGGCAUCGCCAAUUAUAUAAAUUGUGGAUGAACCUUUUAGACUUCAGUGCUUUUAGUAGGAGUAUUACCAGUGUUAUCGGAAGACCUGUGUAUGUGUAGACUCAGUUUGUUACAGUCAGAGACUUCCCUCUGUUUAGUUUGUCAGUUAUAAACCUGCUAUAAAGAAUUACAACACAUUAUUUUAUACAUUGUUGUGAAAUUGUGCACCGUUUUGAUAUUUUUGAGCUGUUAAGUUGACCCCUAGAUAUUUAGCUGCUGUAGUGCCGCAGAAAAAACAAUGAUGAACAAAAUUGUGUAUAGACUGGAGAAGAGGCAGGGGACAAAUAAACUCAUACAUUUCAACUGGACUUGUUUAAUUUCCAUUUUAUCCACAUGCUCUUACAUGAAAGUGAACAUGUUACCAGUUAAUCCAUACUAACAGGCAAGGAUUUGAUAGUUCAUCAGUGACAUGAAAAUAUAUAUUAAUUUUUAAAAACAUUUUUAAACAAGUAGCUAUGACAUCAUUUGACAGAUGUGAAAAAAUAUUUUCUUAUAUAAAGGUAAUUUUUGUAUUUUGAUCUUCAUCAGCUGCUACCACCAUACAGCAGUAGGCCUCUCUAAGCAGCUGAAGGUCUACCCAGUGGCCACAGAAAAUUCUUAAUGUGCAGCAGACAUAUAAUUACUGGUAUCUUCCUCAGCUCACAAACAUACAAAGAAGAAGUAAUUGUACAUGCUGAACCUAAGAAACAAAAACAAAUGAGAUGCAAAGCACCGCCUGCUGGCAGCAGAAAAACCGAAGUGGUACUCAGGAAUUUAAAAUCAAUCUAAUUCUCUAUCUGUUUUUUAAAUUUGUUAUUACUACAAUUUAGACUCAGUCUAUGGAUAAUAGCUCGAAGUUUCUAGAGUGUGUUUUAAAUGCGCUAGGCUCCAGAGACCACUAUAGAGCUCAGCUGUCUCGCAGUGUCACCUGUCAUGACCAUAGGUGUUUAAAUGGAAAUACCCCAUGUAGGAAAACCACAAUGCGCAUGCGCAAAGCCUGCCAAUUAGAACGAAUGGCACGCAUUUGAUGCCAGGUGGGGCUGAUUACCUGCUGCCCCGCUGCCUCGUAGUUUGCAAAAGAUUUUAUGUCUUCAAAAUAAUUCAUACCAUGAAUGAUGAGGAUUAUCUGCAGCACACAUAUGGCAUUCUGUCUUUUGAAGAAAAACUUGGCAUUAAACUCCUCGGUGCUCUCCAGCCACGGGACUUUGUUUACACCAAACCAAGAUUUAAUUUACAGGGUCGUUGUGGAGGAACUAGCCUAUAAGCUAGCCAGAGAAGACGUCGUUUUUUUUUUUUGUUGUUUUUGUUUCCCGUGUGUGUUAUUCGGAGACACUAAAAGGUUUUAAGGAUCUCCAACAUAUUUCUCAGAGGAUUAUGAGACGUGAAAGCAGCAGGACAAUGCUGUAAAGUUGGGCGAGUUUAACAGCGCAAACAUCGCUACUGCAACGGACAACGCAAACUGGGACUUGAGGAAAACAGGUACGUGCCCUGCCGGGUUAAAAGGCUGCCUGUGUCGAGCUGUGUGGGGAAGUUGAAAUACCACAAUAUGUCAAAAUGUAAGUGUGUAAUUAUCAUGCUUUGCAUCCGUCCAAAGUAGCUGUUUCAACAUGCUACACCAUUUUCCACCUCAAAACUCUGCCGCUAACGCCAUACGCGCUUGACUUCAUUUAAUGCUAACUUAUGGAUUACAACAUCAAAUUGUGCUAAACCAAACAGCUGGGCCUACAUUUUCUGAAACUUGUUUUUGCUUGCUUUAGAUUCACGCUGGAAAUGUGCCAUACUGUCAGAGCAAUGACACUGGAAGCCAUUCUAAAACAUACUAAAUGUUUCAGUUAUCCAUCGAAAAUUUCAGCACCAGAUAGUUUCUUUCUUCUGUCCGAUGAAAGUGUGCUGCACAGCAUGAGAGAGCAUCAGGAGUUUUCCAGCUGUGCAGUACAUUAGGUAACAGCAGCAAUGUAGCCUAAUAUAUUUUUAUGACAAGGUAAUCAUUAAUAAAUAAUAGUCUCAGUUUGGAUAUCAUUUGAGAAAACUUUACUGUGUUAAGAAGCAAGGAGUAAUUUGCUCAAUUAGCCUCUGCCUACCUAAGGAUGCCAGCUUUUCAAGUCAUGUUCAGAAAUCAAGUUACAUGUUUGGGCAUUAUCUCACAUCUUUGAAGGAUCAAAAAUGUGAAUGUGUUGCAUAUGAACGAAUGGGUGAAGUGGUUUGUGUUUAUGUUUAUUCAUGUGCCUGUGCAAGCUUGACAUAUGAUGCACACUUGCAUGUAUUUCUCAGCAUAUGUUUUGGGGUGUAACUUAGUAUGUGUUGUAGAACUGUGAUAACUGGUUGAUUACUCAGUUAAUGGAGAGAAAAUUCAGCUGAACCUUUUUUGAUCAUUGAAUAGCUGAUAUUUGCCACUUGUUGGUUGCCUCCCACAUGUGAGAAGGUGAUGUGUAUCUUGGUCAUACAUGAUAAUAAAUGCUAGUAGCUUUGGACUUUUGGUCUGUUGGUUGGAUAAAAAAUACAGUUUAAAGACAUCAUCUUUGGGCUCAAGAAAGUUACGCUGCAUUUUACAUGAUUUUUUAACAUCAACGAAUCAA